AUGCCUUUGAUUCCUAGUGGAUACUUUGAUACACGAUCAACAAUGGAAACAAUAGAUGAUCAUCAUCUUUUUUAUAUAGGUGAAACGGAAUUAAGAAUAUACAUAACAUCAACAUCUGAAAGAUCACCUAUUACUUGGUCUUCUCCUUUAUUUCAACAAAUCAAAUAUCUUAGAUUAGAAUUGCCAAUAGUUUCUUCAUCAUUGAUGAAUAGUCUUUUGGAUAUGGUUAAUUUUCAUCAAAUAAGUGAUGAUGACGUACAAGAAGAUGUUAUUUAUCUUUCAAAUUUUGUUCAUUUAUCCACGAUAAAUCAAAUCGAAUUUGGGUCGUCAUUUAAUAAAUAUCAUUGGAAACAUGCUCAAUUUAUUCUGCAAGCAUGUCCAAAUGUGUUCGAUCUUAUAAUGUUGACUGCAUUACUCAUUUCUUCGAAAUUUAUUGAUAAUCCAUUUCUUAUUCCAGUUUUUAAACAAAUUUAUGCGAUCGAAACAAUAUUAGAAGAUGUUUACUUUCCUUCAAGCUUUGCACCCAAAUUUGUUGAACGUUUUCCAUCACUUAGAGCAAUUGAACUUCAAGUAAUUUCAUUCAACAAUUGCGUAUCUAUCAUUGAUACAUUUCUUAGUCACUUGAAAAAUCUAUCAUAUCUUGAAAUUGAUUAUUUUGAAGAUUCAUCACUCGAUGAUCCUUUUUCACGUGAGGAUAUUAUUGAAAAACGUCGUCAAGCAUUUCCCAUGAAUAUUAUUAAUGAACAAGCCAUCAGUGUCAAAAAUGAUGGAGAAGUUAUAGAAAUUUGGUUAAUCUGA